AAGCUUCACGGAGAAACCAGUUGCGUCUAAAAAAAAAAAAAAAUCCCAAAGCCCAACAUAAACUUUUCAAACGAUCCGUACGUACGCGCCGCCGCCGGUGGACCCAUGCCAAGCGUGGAUGGUCCUGAUUAGAGUAAACCUUAAAGCAAGAGUGCAGCGUACCAUUACUAAAGCCAGAGGUAGCCGAAGAAGAAGAGGAGGAAGCAGCAGCUUUAAGACGACAGAAAAUGGUGAAGGAUAGGAAAGUAGGUGUGGCCAUGGACUUCUCAAAGAGCAGCAAGCACGCUCUGCAAUGGGCAAUAGAUAAUUUGGCUGACAAAGGAGAUACCCUUUUCAUCAUCCACAUCAACCCCAACUCUAUUGAUGAGUCUCGUCACCAGCUUUGGGCAAAAUCUGGCUCUCCUCUUAUUCCUUUGAGUGAGUUCAGAGAGCCCGAGAUUAUGAAGAAGUAUGAUGUUCGGACUGAUAUGGAAGUUCUUGACACGCUUGACACUGCAGGGAGACAGAAAGAGAUAAACAUCGUUACGAAACUGUACUGGGGAGAUCCGAGGGAGAAGCUUGUAGAAUCUGUUGAAGAUCUGAAGCUGGAUUCUUUGGUAAUGGGAAGCAGGGGGCUUGGUUCCAUUCGAAGGAUUCUGGUGGGAAGCGUGAGCAACUAUGUGGUAACAAAUGCUAUUUGCCCUGUCACCAUCGUCAAGGAUUCAAGCUCUGCCUAGCCUUCCUCAUUUCAGUCAUUUGGAUUUUGGUUUCAAGUGCUCUGUUAUUACCUAUAUGCCAUACGAUUUACAGUGCUCCUUUUCUAUGUUUUCCUGUCUUUUUUUUUUUAAUCAUCAUUUCUAUGUUGUCAUGAAUUAAGUUCUGCGCUUAAUUACAGUCAGUUACGAAGUAUAAUGUCUUUUGUUUUCUUUACAAAAACAAUGCCUUUGGUAAUUGGCAUAUUUUAGGGAACUUCUUCUUCUUUGUUCUUAGAAAUAAAAGAUAAAUUUUCUUUUCCA